GGAACGAUCUCUUUCUGGUUGCAGUCCACGAGCUGGGACAUGCGCUGGGUCUGGAACACUCCAAUGAUCCCAGUGCUAUCAUGGCUCCUUUCUACCAGUACAUGGAAACACACAACUUCAAACUGCCCCAGGAUGACCUUCAAGGGAUUCAGAAAAUCUACGGUCCUCCUGUUGAGCCCCUGGAGCCAACCAGGCCUUUACCCACUCUUCCUGUUCGCAGAAUUCACUCCACUUCGGAAAGAAAACACGAGAGACAGCCAAGACCUCCUAGUCCUCCUCUGGGUGACAGGCCGUCUCCUCCUGGCACGAAACCGAACAUCUGUGAUGGCAACUUUAACACCGUGGCUCUCUUUAGAGGAGAAAUGUUUGUUUUCAAGGAUCGUUGGUUCUGGCGUCUGCGCAACAACCGAGUGCAGGAGGGAUACCCCAUGCAAAUCGAGCAGUUCUGGAAAGGCCUCCCCGCAAAGAUUGACGCAGCCUAUGAGCGAUCGGAUGGAAAAUUCGUUUUCUUCAAAGGAGAUAAAUACUGGGUUUUCAAAGAAGUGACAGCAGAGCCAGGCUACCCCCACAGCCUGGUGGAGCUGGGGAGCUGCUUGCCCCGGGAAGGCAUCGACACGGCUCUGCGCUGGGAGCCCGUGGGCAAAACCUACUUUUUCAAAGGCGACAGGUACUGGAGGUACAACGAAGACAAGAGAGCAACGGACCCAGGAUACCCAAAGCCCAUCACCGUGUGGAGAGGAAUCCCCCAGGCUCCGCAGGGAGCUUUUAUCAGCAAGGAAGGCUUUUACACCUACUUUUACAAGGGGAAGGAGUAUUGGAAGUUCGAUAACCAGCGGCUGAGCGUGGAGCCGGGCUACCCCAGGUCAAUCCUCAAAGACUGGAUGGGCUGUAACCAGAAGGAUGUUGAACGCAGCAAAGACAGACGCCUCCCCCACGACGAUGUGGAUAUUAUGGUGACAAUAAACGAUGUGCCUAGCACUGUAAAUGCAAUUGCAGUUGUCAUCCCUUGCAUUUUGUCUCUGUGUAUCCUUGUCUUGGUAUACACGAUCUUCCAGUUUAAAAACAAAGAGGUGCAGCAAAACGUUGUGUAUUACAAAAGACCUGUCCAGGAAUGGGUAUGACACAGCCCGCUGCACGUUCCAACUCAUUGAGCUGAUGAGGACUAUGGACAAAAAAAAAAAAAGAAAAAAAAAA